UCUCUCUCUCUCUCUCUCUCUAUACAUAUAUAUUUAAAAAUAUCACCAUAAUAUAUUUUUGCAGCCAUGGAGAAAACUUGCUAUCACAUUCUUGCAUGUACAGUCAUACUCCUCCAAAUAAUUAUGUCAUCAUAUUGCCUAAUAGCAGCAGCCGUAAAAGAUUCAACCACCGAUAAAUCUGCACUUCUUGCCCUAAAAUCUCACAUCACUUUGGAUCCCGAUAACAUACUUGCCAAAAAUUGGACCAAUUCAAGCUCUGUCUGCAGCUGGAUUGGCGUCACUUGCGGUUUGCGCCACAAUCGUGUGACGGCACUCGCUAUUUCACGCAUGAAUCUCUCUGGCAUAAUUCCACCGCAACUAGGAAACCUUUCCUUCCUCGUUUCACUCGAUCUUAGUUACAACCUUUUCGGUGGUGUUCUGCCUCAACAGUUGUCUUUCUUACACAGACUGAAGUCUAUUUCUCUCGUAGCAAACAGCUUCAGUGGAGAGAUUCCACCGUGGUUGGGUCUUUUAACUAAACUCGAGCAUCUAUCUCUACGGAAUAACAGCUUUACCGGUUCCAUCCCGAGUUCCCUUUCUAAUCUGACAAAUCUACAGCUUCUUGAUUUUACUUCAAACUCUCUUCAAGGAUUUAUCCCACAAGAUCUCGGGAGGCUUCAGAAUCUGCAAGUUUUGGCCAUUCAGAAUAAUCGUCUCUCGGGUUCUAUACCGUCAUCCAUAUUUAACAUAUCGACCUUGGAGAUUAUAGGCUUCACCGGAAACGAAUUGAGUGGCAGCCUUCCAAGUGACAUGUGCACUCAUCUUCCACGUGUUCGCAGAAUUUACCUAUCUGUUAAUAAGCUGAGCGGCGAAAUUCCGUCGAGCCUGUCAGAAUGUUCGCAGCUUCGAGAAAUAUCACUGUCUUCCAACUCCUUCAGUGGGCAGAUACCAAAAGCACUUGGCAAGUUAAAUUUUCUUCAGAUUUUAUAUCUUGGGACUAACAAUUUAAAUGGUGUUAUCCCACCCGAGAUUGGCGAUCUUUGGAAUCUCGCUCGAUUUGGCAUUGAACGAAACCAGAUUAGUGGUACAAUUCCCCUCACUAUCUUCAAUAUUUCUUCCCUCCAAGGUUUGAACCUACAUCACAACCUACUGUCCGGAAACCUCCCAAAAGAUAUCGGGAAUCUUACAAAUCUCAACUACUUGUCCAUCUCGGACAACAAGUUAACAGGUGGUGUAGAACGAGAAAUUGGCAAACUUUUCCAACUGGAUACCUUAAAUUUAGGCCAUAACAACUUCACUGGUUUUAUUCCAUCGGAGCUCUUUAACAUAUCAAAUCUUCGAAUUCUUGGUUUGACAUCUAAUAGUUUGUCAGGCAGUCUUCCAACUAAUUUGGAUCACGGGUUACCCGCUCUUGAAGAACUUUACCUCGGAGGAAAUGACCUCAGCGGAGCAAUACCCGAUUCAAUCACCAACAUCUCGAAACUCAGAAUUCUCGCACUAAGUGAUAACAACUUCGCUGGUUUUGUACCUCAUUUUCUCGGUAACCUAAGAAACCUUGAAAUUCUAGGCAUUAACAAAAACAAUAUAAGGGCCAAAACAACUUCUUCAGAAUUGAGCUUCAUAACUUCCUUGACUAAUUGCCGAUCAUUAAGAAUCCUCUCAAUUAGUGAUAAUCCUCUCCAAGGCAUCAUUCCACCUUCCGUUGGGAAUUUGUCUUCCUCGCUGCAAGGUUUAUUUGCUAUGAAAUGUAAAAUUAAGGGAAUCAUCCCCGCAGAAAUCGGCAACUUAACCAACCUCGUGACACUUGCUCUAAACAUGAACGAGUUGUCUGGUAACAUUCCACCUACUCUUAGCCAUUUGCACAAGUUUCAAGGAUUAGAUCUACAUACCAACAAUCUGAUAGGUUCCAUUCCAGAGGGUCUUUGCGAUUUACGCAGCUUGGUUUAUUUAUCUUUAAAUCAAAAUAAAUUUUCCGGUCGAAUACCGGAAUGUUUAGGGAAUAUCACAUCCUUAAGAAAUCUCUAUCUUAAUUCCAACAUGUUGUCUUUAAUCAUACCAUCGAGCGUGUGGCGCCUCAAAGAUCUGCUGGAGCUGAACUUAUCCUCAAAUUCCUUGAGCGGGUUUAUACCUCCGGAAAUAGGUAAUUUAGUGUCAGCAACCAUGAUCGAUCUAUCAAUGAAUCGGUUGUCAGAGUCUAUUCCAAGCACGAUCGGAAAUUUAAUAUCUCUGACGAAUUUUUCUUUGGCACAUAAUCUACUGGAAGGUUCUAUUCCCGAAUCCGUGGGGAGGAUGAUCAGUUUGGUAAGUAUAGACUUGUCUUACAAUAACCUAUUUGGAUCAAUCCCAAAGUCUUUUGAAGCACUUGAACACCUUGACUACUUUAAUGUCUCUUUCAAUGCUCUGAGAGGAGAAAUUCCCACCGGUGGUCCUUUCGUAAACUUCACUAUCGAGUCUUUUAAGGGUAAUGAUGCAUUAUGCGGAAUCCCAAGGUUCAAUGUACCACUUUGCAACCAUGACGUUUCCAAACGCAGGUCAAGGAUGAAAAGGGGGCGCUUAGCUUUAUUUAUUCUUAUUGGAGUUGUCGCAUUUAUAUCGCUUCUCUGUUUGGUCUUCAUUUUCGUUAGAUACAGAAGAAAAAAUAAGGCAGUCAAUGAAAUUGACGGGCUGGUUCCCACUGUACCUCUAGAAAGAAUUUCGUAUUACGAACUCCUACAAGCAACUGAACAAUUCAGUGAGACGAAUUUACUCGGCGUGGGGAGUUUUGGUUCUGUGUACAAAGCCGUUCUAAGAGACGGGAAAAUUUUGGCUGUCAAGGUCUUCAAUUCGUUAUCGGAAGCUUCUUCGAAGAGCUUCGAAGUCGAAUGCGAGGUACUACGAAACAUCCGCCACAGAAAUCUCACCAAAGUCGUGAGCAGUUGCUCUAACGAGGAUUUCAAGGCACUGGUACUUGAAUACAUGCCAAACGGAAACCUCGACCAAUGGUUAUAUUCGCACAACUAUUGCUUGGAUCUCAUGGAAAGAAUGAACAUAAUGAUAGAUGUUGCAUGCUCUUUGGAAUAUCUUCACCAUGGCUAUUCGACUCUCGUUGUUCAUUGUGAUUUGAAGCCAAGCAACGUGUUGUUGGAUGAAGAAAUGGUUGCACAUGUGAGUGAUUUCGGGAUAUCAAAAUUGAUGGGCGAAGGUGAGAGCGCUGUGCACACCAACACCCUAGCAACAAUGGGUUACAUUGCACCUGGUUAGUUAAUAUUCUCACUUUCACUCAUACUAUUUAUAUAUAUUUUCGAUUGGAUAUCACUUUUGAUUUAUUGAAUUAUACAAUUGUUUUUUGUAGAGUAUGGCUUGGAAGGGUUAGUUUCGACAAGGUGUGAUGUUUAUAGCUAUGGAGUGAUGGUGAUGGAAACUUUUACGAGAAAAAGGCCGAGCGACGAUAUGUUUGGUGGAGAUUUAACCCUAAAGAGUUGGGUUCAAAGCUCACUUAAUAACGAGUCAUCAAGUGAGGUUAUAGAUGCCAAUUUAUUGAAUACGGAAAACGAACAAGCCUUUGAGAAAAACGUGCAAUGCGUGUCAUCAAUACUGGAGUUGGCUUUGAAGUGUUGUGCGGAAUCUUCUGGUGAUAGAAUAAACAUGAAAGAAGCUUUUACAGAGAUGCAGAAAAUCAAAGGUCGAUAUUCCCGCAGGGAUUAAACCUGAAACAUAAGAUUAUGCACUACUGUCCUAAUGCAGCUUCAACGAUGUUAAUUAAGGAUUUAUCUACAAUAAACUGUGUAAUAAUGCAGCGAAGGUAGAAUAUUAUGUAUGUAUGUUAAGCACUUGAAACUUUGUUUGUUUGGUAAUAUAUAUAUUUUUUUAAUUUGAAUAAGUUUUUGUAAUAUGAGUCAGUUAUAAUAUGAUAGGAUCGGAAACUCUUCUGG